GUUAUUUGAGGAAUGCAAGAGCUAUACAGAAGCAGUAUGUGAGAAAGUGGUAUUCACCUCGAUCCAGAAAAUUUGUUAGGUGAUAUAUAUCAGAAGUUAACGGGGAAUUCGAUGUGCAAAUGCAGUGUUUUAUUGACUAAAGAACGUCAUCGUGACUGGUUUUCGGAUAUUGUUUGAACGAAGUAAUCUUCUACUAUCAAAAACCUUUUGGUAAACAGCGAUGAGCAACAUGGCUGUCCCGGGUCGAGUUCAGGACCCUUUAUUUCAUUUCGAGACCCAUUUUCCCGAGCGUCUAUCGCGGCUCCAUCUUAAUACUGAGUACGCUAUCGAGAGUGAAGUAAGCAGUGGUGGAGGGAGUGGAGGAGGACAUCCCGUUCACAGAAAGAAGCGAUCGAGGGCGGCUAGACAAGGGGUCAGGUAUAAGACGCAACCUGUUACUUUCGAUGAAAUUCAAGAGGUAGAUGAGGAGAACAUUAAGGAAGAGGACAAAGACAAACCAGAAGGCCUCAAAACCCAGUUCGCGGCCUUUUCGAAAUCAAUGGAUGGUCUUGUGCCAAAGAAUCGCAAAAAGAGGGAUGAUACCAUUCAGGAAUGUGUCGAGCCAACUAAUGAUGACAUUAAACAGACCAAUCCACGGAUAGGAUAUAUUGGUCGAGUGCAUUCUGAUUCUCCCGAGCUGCGACUGCGCAACGACGAAAUGACAGUGUGUAAAGAGAACAAAGAAAAUGAGCCAGAAAAUGGACGUGGAUCUCACUCGGAGACAGGUAACGUCCCUCUUGGAUUGCCACCUUCGGGUCCAAACCCCAGGCGACUAAAGACUACGGCCAAGGCAAAGAAACGCCAAAUGCAAGCCGAUGGUCGAGUAAAGGGUGAUGAUGGCACAUAACUAUAAAUUCGAAGAUGUUAACAUGGUCUAAAAUAAAGUGUAUAAUAUGCGAUACAUUUGGUAAUUUAUUAGGUGGACAAAUAUGGAUAUGAUGUAUUGACACAGUCUGUAAACGAAUCAAAACUACCGAAAGUGCCUGCAUUAUUGAUUACAUGAACAAGAACGUUCAUUGUUCAAACAGUGUAGUAAUUUUUAGAUUUGGUACUAUAUUUACAUGUUAUUGUUUUAAAACAUGGUGUGUAUGUGUUGGUAAAAUUGUAUGAUUACGUGUUCAAUAGCUAUAAUACCAAAUGUACGGGUCGAAAAACGUCUAUUGAAAAAAAUACCUUUAGAAAUUGAAUAGGAACAACAUUAUAAUGGUUUUGUGCUGAUGCAACAAUACCUUAACUCUCUAUUAGCGAGUUUGUGAGUUUUCAAGUUAUUUAAGGAUAUUACACAUAUAAUGUAACAUGGUCAAUACAUAAUUGGUUUUGUU